AUGUCCUCCCGUCCGCGAGGAGGUCGCGCGACAGCUGGUCGAGAUGGAAAGGAGAGCGAACUCGAAAACGAUCUACUCACUAGAGCCCUUGAGAGCCUACGCAAAGCCAGAGAGUUCAACGAAAAAUGCAAAAGAAUUGGGCAAGAUAUUAUGGCCCUCGAGGAAGAGAUCAAGGCAGCCGGACAUGGAACUCCCGACCAGUACCGACGUCUAGACGCCCUGUACCGGGACAACCUCAGAUAUGCGGAAAGCGAGAAGAAAGUUCACGAUGACGACGACAUUAUCAGCAACCUUGCUAUCUUAGAGACGAUGAGAUCCAACGACGAACCGGCCCCUAGAAAUGGUCAGCCAAAGUCGCGGAAGCAUCAGCGGCCUGCGGUUGAUUCAGAAGCGCUUGAGUCUCCAGGCCCCAGUCCAGGGGACGGUCGUUUAGAGAUGAUGAAACGAGUCAAGGGCACCUCGCAACGGAGUUCAAGCACAGCAAGCCAGAAUCGAGCAGCCCCAAUUGUUAGAGACGACGGGAGCGACCUGUACAAGGGACUACAGGCUGAGAGGGCUGGCCACCUUGUAGCUGGCACCGAAGUCUUUUACAAAUUCCCAAAGGAUCAACAAGAGCAAGAAGAAGGAGUGGGUAUUCAUGGUAUCAUCAACAAAGUCUGGCAGGAGAAGAAACCGAUACAAUACGAUGUUAGAGACCCCGAGGAUGACGCUUCUGGCAAACAGACGGUGCGCAAGGCGACAGCCAGAGAUCUGGUGCCCAUUCCUCAGGUUGCCCCGAGCACUCAACAGUUCUCGGUCGGAGUGACUGUUUACGCCAAAUACCCAGAUACCGAUACCUUCUACCGAGCCAAGGUCAAGAGCUUCCAGAAACCCAACUACAGUUUGAAAUUUGACGAGGAUGUACAAGAGAUGCUCGUCGAUGCACGGUUUGUCCUACCGGCCGGGGUAAAGUAG